AUGGACUUUGAGUUCACCUCUCGACCAAGCAGCUUCACGAAGCCCGCAUGGGCAUCAGAAAACGAAGAUCCAAGCACACCUCGGAAACGACCGUUCACAGAUGAUAACCCGCCUGCCCCAGCCUUCCCCACACCAUCGCAUGUCGACUCUUUCCCAUCCUUCGGGCACAACACAAACGUACCGUUCUUGUUCAAUGAGCCUAUUCCUCAGACACCACAUACUCCGGCGUGGACACCACCUCCGAACUUCUCCCCCACCAAGGCCUUCCCUCAGCCGGAGAUCAAGGAUGUGGAUAUGGCCGACUCCAGCCCCAUCAGGCUCGGGGAACAAUUACUUCAGAAGGGGGACGAGAAGGAAGGCGAGGGAGAGCGAGCUGUAGCAUUGGGUGCCGUUCGGCGCGUGUAUCGGUCGCGACAAAGGGCACGGGAGCGCAGUAGAGCCCGGCGAGGCAAGAGUCGGGGCUUGGAUCAGGAAGGGAGCGACGUUACCGACGAAAGUGACGACGACGAGCGAGGGGUCGUUACACAAAGCACCUCAAACCAUUACACGCUCAAUAUGCCCGGCCCUGCUCCCCCGCAAUCCGACCUGCCCUACGUGCUGCUUGGCUAUUUACAGUUCUUCUUCAACCUCUCCCUCAUCCUAGUGUUCCUCUAUCUCCUCGUCCAAUUCAUACUCACAGUACAACGGGACGUGGAGCAGAGAAUAUCAGAGUACUCCAUGGAGAUCGUACAAGAAAUCGCGCAAUGCGCGUUGCAGCAUAAGGCGAAUCUCUGCGCCUCAAGGCCCAUCCCUGCAAUGUCGCAUCAAUGUUCAGUAUGGGAAACAUGCAUGAAUCGCGAUCCAUCCAAGGUCGGCAGGGCGCGCGUCGGUGCAGAGCUCAUAGCUGAGGUCGUUAAUGGCUUUGUCGAGCCUAUAAGCUGGAAGACCCUCAUAUUCACUCUCACUUCGCUCGCGUUCCUCACCGUGUUCAUCAACGCGCUUCUGUCACUCUACCGCGCGCGUAUCAACCCUGCGACACAUCCGCCACCCGCGCACCCACCGAUGCCCACCUUCCCAAUCGCGCCCCCUGUGGCGUACCCGCAACCACAUCACUAUCUGUCGCCUCCGCCGGAAUGGAGCAAGUCAUGGUCUGCCGCUCAAGACGACGUGCCUCAAACGCCGAGUAGGAGACGCCGCCUGGAAGGUGGUCUAGCGGAGAAAAUCCGUUAG